CCAAUUUGGCAAGGCGUCAUGACACGACAUUGGGAUUCUCGUCGGUCGUUCGAGGGCGAGGGCGGGGCGGAAUUGGGCGAGUUGGGCGAAUUCGCUUUCGCUCUCAGCCGCUCACGAGCUGCGGACUUGUGGCACGGGAGCAAGCUCGGUUGGAUUCUGCGGUUUGGUUCGUGGCGAGGUGCUGAGAGCUGCGGCGGUGGUGGCUUUAAUCCGUGGUCAGCUUCGCGGGUGGAGGUCGCACGAUGAAGAAGCGCGGUCGUCCUCCUGUUGCCGACCGCGAGAGAGAUCUUUAGAGCCAGGCUUUGCAGAAGCCCAUCGCCGCACCGCUUCUCGUUGCUGCUAGGGCCGUCGCGGAGGCAGCGCUUCGCUUUUGCCUAGGCCGGCCUUGCUUCCUUCUCUCGCCACGACCAUAUUCGUGUUGAAUUCUGUAUCGAGGUUUCGGUGUCGCUUUUCUCUCUCCCGGUUUUGUGAUGACUCAUUUGCAAAUAUCUUGCCGAGCCCCGAGCCCCAGUUCCAGAUUUCUCAGAGGUUGGUGUGGCGUGUCACGAGGUCUGAUGAAGAGCCAUAAGCUGCUGUCGUUUUUCCAUAUGUGACGGUCUUUCGAAGGGAUUAGGAGAUAUGGAUGGAUCCCCUUCGUCAAUCGCUACCUCCCCUGUGGGAUCGCCCGUGAGACCCCGUUAUGUGCUGGAUCCCGACAACCUCAAGCACUUUAUGCAGUCGACUCCUUUCACCGAGCAGGAGAUUAUCAAUCUGCACAAGAGGUUUCACGAACUCAGUCGGGAUGGCCUCGACAGAAUUUUGCACGACGAGCUCAUUCAAGUCGAACAAAUGCGAGCCAACCCUUUCGCCUCGAGAAUAUGCGAGCUAUUCAGCGAAGACGGCUCGGGCGUGCUUACUUUUGAAAACUUCCUGAACAUGAUGGCCGUGUUUUCUUUCCAUACCCGCCCGGAAGUGAAGAUGGUGUGGGCUUUCGCCAUGUGGGACUUUGAUGGAGACGAUGUCAUUGGUCCGGGUGACGUGAGAUACGGAUUGAAUCUGAUCACCUGCUCCGGAGUUGCCCUCAAUCCAAGUCUGAAGAUGCUGACUCGAGUUCCUUCUGCAGCAGGCUUGGAAGACCAUGAAUUGGACGGCAUAGUAAGAGAGGUUGUUAAAGAAGUGGAUCCCGAUGGUUAUGGUCUAGGAUAUCAUGAGUUUCGAGCAGUUCUGUCUCGGAUGCCCGAUUUCAUCAACAACUUUCGUAUGUCGUUCUGGUGAGCUUAUUGCGUUGCACUUGUCCGGCUAGUUCUCACAGGUCAUGGCAUGGUCCUGUGAGUUUUGCAGUUGUUUAGCCGUAGUACCUGCCCUGUACAAGCUAGGAAGCUUAUCAAAAUGGGAAUCUGUUACAUUUUGAGGUCUCCUCUUUGGUCAGUGAAAACAAAAUAAUCUGGCAGCUGGAACGUGAAGGUCGUACGAAACCUUCGCCUCCUUUAUAAACAAGUAUUGUGAUACAGCUAGCAAUUAGUUACAGCUAAGGCCGCUGUAGCAGAUUGCGCUCAGAAAAAGACAACUCCAAUCAUGGACGAAAACAAUCCAAUAUAGAGCGUUAACAUUCAGCUGGUCUUGAGUUUACUCCAUUGUCUGUUAAGAACUAGUGCUGGAGCUUCGUUUCCACCAGUGUUCCUUUCUGACAUGUGCUCGCAAACGCAUGAAUUUUUACAAUAUAUUUGAAUCCUGUAGACGUACAGAAGUAGCUGCGGCGGAAUCUGAUUUA